AUGAAUCGCAAAUCCCAGCUAGCGCUGCCAAAGAAAGACAUUUCUCCCCACUGUUCCGGCACCCUCGAGGUCCACAGACACCAGGGCAGAAGACAGAAAAUGGCAGCCACCCAAGCGUUAAGGGCGGCCCUUCCAGGCACUUUCAUCCCUGCCCCAAGUCUUACUCCAUGAUGGCCUGUAACAGCACUUCCACUGAGACUUACGAAUGCUUUCUGCUGAACACAAGCAAUGUGUCCGACUCGGGGGCGACCACACUGUCUGCCCCCCUCAGGGUCUCGUUGGCAAUAAUGAUGAUGCUGAUGAUCGUGGUGGGAUUCCUUGGCAACACUGUCGUCUGCAUCAUCGUGUACCAGAGGCCAGCCAUGCGCUCCGCCAUCAACCUGUUGCUGGCCACCUUGGCCUUCUCGGACAUCAUGCUGUCCUUAUGCUGCAUGCCCUUCACUGCUGUCACCCUGAUCACCGUCAAGUGGCACUUUGGGGAUUACUUCUGCCGGCUCUCUGCCACACUCUACUGGUUUUUCGUCCUGGAGGGCGUGGCCAUCCUGCUGAUCAUCAGCGUGGACCGUUUCCUCAUCAUCGUCCAGCGCCAGGACAAGCUGAAUCCGCGGAGGGCCAAGGUGAUUAUCGCUAUAUCCUGGGCGCUGUCUUUCUGUAUCUCCGUCCCCUCCCUCACAGGCCGGACGUUGGUGCAAGUGCCCACGCGGGCCCCUCAGUGCGUGUUGGGCUACACCGAGCUCCCGGCUGAGCGCGCCUACGUGGUGACGCUGGUGGUGGCUGUGUUCUUCGUGCCCUUCAGCGUCAUGCUUGGCUCCUACGUGGGCAUUCUCAACACGGUGCGGAAGAACGCUGUCCGCGUGCACAACCAAUCCGACAGCCUGGACCUGAGGCAGCUCACCAGGGCCGGCCUGCGGCGGCUCCAGCGGCAGCACCAGGUCAGCGUGGACCUGAGCUUCAAGACCAAGGCCUUCACCACCAUCCUCAUCCUCUUCGUCGGCUUCUCGCUCUGCUGGCUGCCCCACUCGGUCUACAGCCUCCUGUCUGUGUUCAGCCGGCGGUUUUACGACAGCUCGUCCUUCUACGCCACCAGCACCUGUGUGCUGUGGCUCAGUUACCUCAAGUCCGUCUUCAACCCCAUUGUCUACUGCUGGAGAAUCAAAAAGUUCCGCGAGGCCUGCAUCGAGUUGCUACCGCAAACCUUCCAAAUCCUUCCCAAAGUGCCUGAGCGGAUCCGACGGAGAAUCCAGCCCAGCAGGGUCUACGCGUGCAGCGAGAACCAGUCUGCGGUGUAG